AACUGCUGCUUCUCAUGAGAUUAAGACAUUGGACCGUGGACCAUGAAGCCCGCCGUACCUUUCUUGCUGGCCUUGAUUGCCGUCGCUGCAGCACAGACUGAAUGUCCCGACCCUUUCGAAGCGGUUGGCGUGGGAUGUUACUAUAUCAGCGAGGCAUCACUUACCAGAGCGGAAGCCGAGGCGGAGUGCGCCAGCCUAGCCCCAGAUGGCAGCACAUCCGACCUGGCUGUUCUCAGUGACUGCCAUCAGCACGGCAUCUUGUGGAAUCACUUAUCGUUGAAGUGGGACUACUGGCUGGGCGGGAGUGACGAGGCGGCGGAGGGCGACUGGCGGUGGGCCUCGGGCGACGAGAUCCUCCGCGGCGCCCCCUUCUGGUUCCCCGGCCAACCCAACGGCGGCUCGGACGAGAACUACCUCUCCCUCUCCAAGAGCGGCUACUUCGCGGACGAGGCGGGGUCCAUCCACCAGGGUUAUAUAUGUCAGCUGAUGUAGAAAUAGCAGACGAAAAAAGAGAGAAAAUAAAUGAAUGGGAAUGAAUAAAUGAAGGGAGAGAUGAUGAACGGAGGAGUGUUAAGCUACGUUGUUGAUAUGACGUGUUGUCAAUGCUGGUGGUAAAUACACGCGAACCUUAGAGCUUGUGUGAUUUUUUUUUUUUUUUUUUUUUUGGGG